AUGGCUACUGCCGUCCAGAGCAGUGAACUGGUCUUUGAGUUUGCCAACAGCGGGAUGGAAGAGAUCCAGCAGCUGGACGAUCCCUCUGUAUUCCCAGCUGUCAUUGUGGAGCAGUUACCCUGCCCAGAACUGCUGCACCUAUACUCGGGCCUCGACCGCGAUGAAGUUUCCAACGGCAUCAUGGCAGAUCGGGACCUGGGGGUGGCCGAAGGACAGAUCCUGGAGGGAGGCCUUGUGGUGUCAGACGAUACCAGCCCACCUGUCAUGGCCACUGAAGUCCUGCUGGACGUAGAGGCCCCCAACAACAUACUGGAUGAAAGUCGAAUGUUCUGUGGUCCUGGACUGUUCACCGAACAGGACUCCUCAGGGGCAUUUGCAAACUGUGUUCUUUCCACCUCUUCGGGGGCAGACAUCUCCACCAGCGGGAGCGGGAGUAUCGAGGGGUUCUCCAUUCAGGAGGACAGCUCCGUGGACACAGGCCUUGGGAGACCUCUGCCAGUGAGGUCCAAGAAGAAAGUCCAGAAAGCAAAAGCACCCCGAUGUCCCUCACCAGUCAGUGAGCCCAGUGUUCCCAUCCGGAAGAAGUCCAAAGACGGCAAAGGGAAUACCAUCUACCUUUGGGAGUUCCUGCUUGCUCUCCUGCAGGACAAGAACACUUGCCCCAAAUACAUCAAGUGGACCCAGCGUGAGAAGGGCAUCUUCAAGCUUGUGGACUCCAAGGCUGUGUCAAAGCUUUGGGGGAAGCAGAAAAACAAGCCAGACAUGAACUAUGAGACAAUGGGGCGAGCACUGAGAUAUUAUUAUCAGAGGGGCAUCCUCUCCAAGGUGGAAGGGCAGAGGCUGGUGUACCAGUUCAAGGAGAUGCCCAAGGACCUGGUGAUAAUCGAAGAUGAAGAAGGUGAAGAGGCCAAUGCAGAACUCCAACAGACCCCACCUCCACGCCGAGCUGCUUCGAAGGCUUCAGCCCGGCCUGCCACCCAGCAAAAGAAGGAUCCUCUUGGGGAGGCUUUGCAACAAGGACCGCAGGCGGCGCUGAGCCUGCAAGCAGUGGCCCAGGAGAGCUCGGCUGCUGCCGUCGCCGCCGUUGCCGCCGCAGCGGCUAUGGCAGCCCCUUCUGGCGAGGCUCGUGGGACUCUGGCCCGCACAGUCAGUGCGUCUUUGGUUUCUAACAACGGUGGAGUGUCUGCAGCAGGAGCCAGCUCGGGCUUAGGAGCCCUGACCCUUCAGACCAUCCCACUGGCCACAGUGCUGGCCAGUAGCUCCUCAGCCACCUCAGCAGCCUCACCCCAAAUUGUCCUCCAGGGUGUCCCUUCAGCCUCAGCCUUCAAGGACAUUGUCACCCUGCAGGCUGCCUUUCCUCUGGGAUCUAGCUUCCCAGAGGGCUCAGCCACAGCAGGGCGUCCAUUUGUCCUUAGCGGCCUCCCAUCGUCGGCCCUUGGGUCUGCCUCCAGGCCCCCAGGGACCCUGGUUGCUGCCAUCAUUAGGACUCCAGGAGUGAAGGAGGCACUUCCCGGGCCCCCUUCCUACCUGCAGGGUGUCGUUGCUGACGAGGUCCUGGGGCAGCCUCAGCUGCUUCAGAUGCAGGCACUUCUAGAGCACUCUCAGCCCCAGGAAGCCCCGGGGAUGCCAGUGCUGCCCCAGACCCCCACCAGCUGCCCUUCUGUUGGCCUGACCCCCGUGGCUGAACUGGAACUUGCCACCAGCCCAGGGGCCCUGCUGGUAACUGAGCCCAACCUGGCACAAUCAGGAAUGGUGCUGGCUGGAGCCCUGGGCCCUUUCCAGGAGCCCAGGACUGGAGCCGAAGGAGGGAGGGGAGAAGGGGAGCUCUGA